AGUAAUCUUUAAAAAAAUUAAGUAUAAUAACAUCUUUUCCCACAAAAGAAACAAAGAGCACUGUUUGUGGCGGCGACGGUGGCGAAAGUGCGACAAAAGCCACUCGUGGCGGCGGCAGUGCAAACCCUAACAAGAAACCACUAUUUGAAUUAAACUGAAUUUGAUUAUUUUCCAUCAAGAUGAAGAAUUGCACCACUGAUGAAGCAUUAGAGUUACUAUCAGCAGCAAUUAAACUUGAGUUUCAUGAUGAGAAUAGAGAAAAGUACCAAUCUUUUUUCCAAAUUUUGAAAGAUUACAAAGCUCAAAGAAUUGAUACAAGGGUUGUUAGAUUGAAAGUGCAUCAAUUGUUGAAAGGCCAUAAAGAUUUAAUUUUGAGGUUCAACACCUCUAUGCCAUCUCAAUAUGUAAUCAAACUUCCACUAGAUGGCGACGAUAAACAACCACAAUGUGGUCGAUUAGAGAAAGAAGAUGCAUUAGGUUUUCUCAAGGAAGUAGGAGAUGUGUUUCAAGGUAAGAAUAAGGGAAAGUAUGAUGAGUUUUUAGAAAUUAUGAAGGGGUUCAAGGCUCAGAGAAUUGAAACAAGUGUUGUUGUGGAGAGAGUGAAGGAGCUGUUUAAAGGGCAUAUAGCUUUGAUUUUGGGGUUUUAUAAGUUCUUGCCGGAGGAAUACCGUCGAUUUGAGGAAGAACAUGCAUUAGCUUUUGUCAAGAAAGUAGGAGAUGUGUUUCAAGAUAAGAAUAGGGAAAAGUAUGAUGAGUUUUUAGGAAUUUUUAAGGAUUUCAAGGCUCAGAGAAUUGAUGCAAGUGUUGUUGUGAAGAGACUGAUGGAGCUGUUUGAAGGGCAUACAAAUUUAAUUUUGGAAUUCAAUGCCUUCUUGCCAGAGAAAUAUCGAAUCACGCUUCCCCUUCAGGUUCACACUGUUUCAUCAGAAUUCAAUGGGGAGAAAAUGAAGGUAGCAGAGAACUGUGAAAUUCCUUGGGACCUGCUUGAUAUCAUCUCCCGGAAACUAGAUAUUGACGAGCUCUUCGGAUUCGCUGGCGUGUGCAAGAGUUGGAGGGAAUUUCAUAAAAUUUAUUGGAGAAAUUUCAUGGCAUCCGAAGAACCAUUACUUCUUCGAAAGUCUUCCUAUGAUAAAAAAUCUUUUUCCUUCAUGAGCAUACAUGAUCAAAGAGUUUAUCACUCAAAGACAAUCGAUCAUUUCUGGAACUCGGCCUAUUCCGGGUCUUCUAGCGGAUAUUUGAUCAUGACAACCAACAAUAAUUCAUUUAUACUAAUGAAUCCGUUUACAAGAAAAAUGAUGGAAAUCAACACAACAGCCUUUAAAGUCGAGUUUUCUGUUUUUGCUUACCAUGUCUUACUUGCUUUCGGCAAAGGCUCAGAGGAAUUUGUCUUAGUGGCUUUAUGUACAAGUUCCAACAGUUUACAUGUCUAUCAAUCUCGAAACUCCGAUUGGAUUACUUACUCGACGAAGGGAAGACCAUGGAAGGUUGUCGACUUUGUUGUUUUGCAUAAUACUAUAUAUGUUGUAACCGACAAGGCGAAGAUAGGUGUGCUCAGCUUGAAUUCUGCAAAUAUAAAAUUUUUAAAAUUGAAGAGUACUCCCAAGGUAACUUCUUCCUCACACCUAAGAUUGGUUAGUUGCGACGACGGAAAACUUCUGAUGAUUCAUAUUUUGUCUUGGAAAAUAUGGAAUGUGUACGAGAUAGACUUGUCAAUCAAGAAUUUUGUCGAGAUGAAAAGUCUAGGCGACAUUGCAUUAUUUUAUGCUUCUGGGAAAUACUUCUAUGCGUUGAGCAACCCGGAAAAAUGGGGCUAUGAAAGCAAUUCUCUGCAUGCCAUCAAUCUUUCAUCUACACAAUGCAGAGUGUCUAUAGGGAAGGAUAAUGAAUUGCCAGAAUACAUUAGCCAUGAUAGACUAAGUAAACCUCCUACAGGAAGACCCUAUUUGUUGGAUUGGUGUUUUAAACAUCUUCACUAUGAAGUGGAUUAUUCUCUUGUUGAGUGACAGAACAUUAUUAUGCAUUGUGUAACUUUUGAUUUUUGUGAUUUGACUUUGUUCCUUUUGUUUGUCAGUGAUUUGAGUAGACUGAAAAAACUUGUCAUAGUUUAUGGUUUCAAUAUUAGAAAAGUAAUGAGUUAAGAAAUGUAGUUGAAUACUUUUUUGAUUAGUUUAUGCGACAGAUAUAACUUCGUACUUUCUUGAUCA